AUGGUCGCUUCCACUCUGUCAACCUCGUUCUCAGGAACAUCCUCUGCGCCAGCGAUCAUCGUACCUGCGAAGCCCAAUGCUCUGACCAUUUCCUACCAGCAACUGACGCAAGAUAUCCUUGACUUUCAGAAGAAGCUUGCACAGCUUGGGAUCCGGAAUGGUGAUGCGGUCUCAAUAUCUCUACCCAAUAGCUACGAGUUCAUUGUGUCUUUCCUUGCGGCUUCGUGGCAACGAGGAAUCGCGGCCCCUCUGAAUCCAGCCUACAAACAAGACGAAUUUGAGUUUUAUAUUGAAGAUCUGUCCUCGGCCGUGGUAAUUGUUCCAAGGGGAUCGUACGAGAAAAAUAUUCCGGCGGUGCGGGCGUCGAGGAAAUACAAUGCGGCCAUUGCGGAAUGCUAUCUGAAAGGGUCAAGGCUGGUUCUCGACGUGAAAGAGCAAGGAAAGCUGGCCCAGAGACAGUCCCAAACAACAUCCCAUGCUCAGCCCGAGGAUGUUGCUUUGGUGUUACACACGAGCGGCACGACUGGACGGCCGAAAGCUGUCCCCUUGACCCAUCGUAAUCUCACAAGGACCAUGCAGAACAUCCAGAACACGUACGAGCUCACACCGAAAGAUCGGACAAUGCUGGUCAUGCCUCUCUUCCACGUCCACGGACUUCUGGCUGGCUUCCUUGCACCGCUGAAGGCUGGAGGCUCCGUCAUUGUCCCUCCAUCAUUCUCCGCCAGGUCUUUCUGGGACGACUUCAUCACCUAUAAAGCGAAUUGGUACACGGCCGUGCCGACGAUCCAUCAAAUUCUUUUGAAGAACCCGCCACCGAAUCCCAAGCCAGAGAUCCGAUUCAUCAGGUCAUGUUCGUCGCCACUGUCACCGAAGACCUUCCAAGAACUCGAGCAGACUUAUGGGGCACCUGUGUUGGAAGCUUAUGCUAUGACGGAAGCAGCGCAUCAGAUGACUUCGAAUCCACUACCACACAAAGGCAAGCGAAAGCCAGGAAGUGUGGGCAUUGGCCAAGGGGUGGAAGUCAAGAUCCUGGACGACGAAGGCAAUGAGGUGCCUCAAGGGACAGCAGCAGAGAUCUGCAUUAGAGGUGAGAACGUCACCAAAGGCUAUCUCAACAACGAGAAGGCAAACAAGGAGGCCUUCACCAAGGGAGGCUUCUUCCGAACUGGAGAUCAGGGCAAAAAAGAUGAAGAGGGAUAUGUCUACAUUACUGGGAGGAUCAAAGAAUUGAUCAACCGAGGAGGUGAAAAGAUCAGCCCGAUCGAGCUGGACAAUGUGAUUGCAACACAUCCUGCUGUUUCGGAGGCCGUGAGCUUUGCUAUUCCCUCCGAACUAUACGGUCAAGAAGUUGGGGUGGCAGUUGUUCUGAAACCCGGGAAAAGUGUGACAGAACAAGAAAUCACCGAGUUUGUCGCUGGCAAGACAGCCAAGUUCAAGAAGCCGAGCAGGGUUUGGAUUUUGAAAGAGAUACCCAAGACAGCGACCGGGAAGAUUCAGCGACGAAAGGUGGCCGACUCACUGUUGGCCAAGGAUAAACCUAGACCGAAGUUAUAG